AGAACCAACUUUCAAAUGAUGGAGCCUGCAGUGUUUACCUCACAGCUCGGGAACAACAGCAAUUACUCUGAGUCUUGCGUGGGGGAGAACCAGCAUGCAUCCAUCACCAUCCUCAUGUGCCUGGUCUUCUUCCUGGGUUUCCUCCUCAACACCUUCAGCAUUUGGGUCUUCUGCUGCCGGUUUUCUCACCUGACCACUGGAACCAUGCUGCAGUUAAACCUGGCUCUUACCGAUGCCAUCGCCACCCCAGUCACUCCCAUGAUGGCGGUGUACUUUGCCAUGGGCAAUGACUGGCCUUUUGGUUGGUUUCUGUGCAAAGUCAAGAUCACCCUGCUGAGUGCCCAUUUCUACGGCAGCACUAUAUUCCUCACUCUCAUCAGUGUCCAUCGGUACAUGGCGGUGGUGCACUUUAACAAAAGUUCCCGCAUGAAAAGGAAGGAGUUCAUCAGAAAGCUGUGCGCAGGAGUUUGGUCUCUGCUGCUGAUCAAGGCUCUGAUCUAUGCCAUCGUGCUACCUUCAACUAAAGAGGGUGGGCACAGUCAAUGCCUCACCAUCCAUCAGAAGAGCCUGACAGAUGUCUACUUUAUCCUCAACUUCUUCCUGUUUAUCUUUGGGUUCCUAAUCCCUUUCCUCGUGUCAGUUGUUUGCUACGGCCAUCUGGCAAACACUUUAACUCACCUCAACAUCAGCACAGCCAAGGGUCUACAAGUCAAGCUGAAAUCUCAGAGGAUGAUAGCCGUGUGCCUGAUGAUAUUUGGACUGUGCUUCCUGCCUCUUAACAUUAUACGAACUGUGGGAGUGAUAAUAAAAAAGUACUACCCCCAGCACUGCCGUCUUCUUCUGCAGACUGAGACGGCAUAUUAUGCAUCCUGGAUUUUAGCAGGAGUGAACAGCUGCCUGGAUCCAGUGUUGUACUGUUUUGGUUCGCAGAAUUUUCGAGAUGCUUUCCGGUCUUUGAGGUUUAGACAGACAGAUGCUCCGAAUAGAAGCAAUUCAGAAAUGACUGGGAAUCAGUUGGUGGAAAGAUCAUGUGGCGAUAAGUGA